UAAUUUUUUGUGUAUUUUUUGUGAUACAGUGGUUAGUUUAAUUGCGAGUGAGAGGGCGAGUAAGCCCCACGCCGACAACUCAUUUCUGGGAAUUUAAGUGAAAGUGGAUCCGUGUUUCGAGUGAGUGUUGUGAAGAAAAAAACAUGUGUGGCUUGAAGACUUGGGUGGCGGCAGUGGCGAGGCAGGUGCCGGAGUGGCUGCCCGCCCUGCCCGACUGGAACCUGCCCGCCCUCAACCUCCACCUCCCGGAGUGGAACUUGCCCAACUUAGCGGAAUGGAACUUCGGAAACCUUCCUGCGUGGGGCAUGCCCGCGCUUCCUGCAUGGGUGUACCCUUCGCACGUGCGGGGGUGCGUGCGCGAGCUCGUGCUGUACGUGUGGGUGCUGUUCAUCACCUUCCUGGCCGUGAGAGAGGACCCCGCGCGGGAGCAGCUGGUCGAGGAGGAGCGCCCGGCGGGGGAGGUCAUCGUCGAGGGGCUGGAGGAGGUGGAGGCGCCGGCUCGGGACACGAAGGCGAUUUUAGAGGAAGAGGAGGAAGACGCCGAGGAAGAGGCGGAGGAGGAGGACGAGGAAGAUGGCUGGGGUCUUGGGAAGAGAGGCGGCCUCACGCGAUACCCAGGCUUUGAAAACCUAUUAGAUCAGCCGCCCACCGCCGCCCCGCCCCCGCAGCCCGUCCACAGGACCACUCCUCUCUCGCUCUUCUCCCAGCCCGUCGGUAAACAGGGCGAUCUGAAGGAGAAACAGGUAAGCGAGGAAGGAAAAGAUGAAGAAAGUGAAGGUAAAGCUGCUGUUGACGACGAAGAAAAAGACAUUUUGUGGCAGUCGCUUUUGGCGCGUUAUGCAGCGGACGAAAUGGAGCGACGGCGGAGCAUGGACGACGACCCGGAGCAAGAGCCGCCCGAAUACGUCGGCACCGCGGAGGAGAUCGUCCAGAGAUACGCUGCAAAGUUCGAGUUCCCAGACGCGAAGGAGGAAGAUGAAUCAACCGAGGUCUCAGCAGAAGAGUUUACCGCGAAGCUUGGUCGUCGCUUGGAGGAGUAUCUGGCCCGCCUGGAAGAGGACACCGAUGUCCAGGCCGACGCCAGGGUGCAGGCGACAGUGCAGGAAGGCCCUGUCGCCGCGGAAGACGGGGAAGAAGACGUGAUUGCUAAAGAUCUCGAGGAAGAGGAGGUCGUUGAAAAACCACAGAAAGUCCUGAGCAUCAAGGAGAGGUUCCUAAAUUUCAGGGAGGAUGAGAUCGAGGUAAAAGACAUCAGAGAGGUCGAGGAAGAGGCGGCUGUGAAGGAAGAUGAGGACGUUUUCGAAAAGGAAAAUGAAGAAAAAUACAUGUUUUCUCUCAGUGAAGAACAAGACGACUACCCUCUCGAAGAUGUCCCUCUGGAAACGGAGAAAGAGGAAGAUUCCAUUGUUCUCGACUCCCUCCCUGGAGAACUGAAGCGAGUUUCUGAGGUGGUCAAUCUGAAGAAAAUGUCAGCUAUUGAGACAGAGCAAGAAAAAGUAAGUGACGAUUUAGAUGAAAAAGAGCUAGUAGAGACAGUACCUGAAUUAACACAAGAUGAGCAACUGGAAGACAGCAUAGAGUCAAAAGAAGAAAAGAAGGAAAGUGAGGUUACUGUGCGAGAGAAGCAAACCCACGGCGUAACAGUAAGGUUGAGUGGCAUUGUUGUUGAAGAGGAACCCGGGGACGAGGACCUCCUGGAAGAGGAAGCUGAGGUAUCUGAUUCAAAAGAACUGGCUGAAGAGGCCCUGGAAACAUCAGCUGAUGCAGAAACGGCAGGCGAGGAAAAAGUAAAGAUACCUGAAGUCAAGUUCGAGGUCGAAGAACUUGAAGAAAAGGUCAAGAUUGAAUACGAAGAGAUUGACGAAUUAGAUUAUGAGGAGUUGAAGUCUGAAAACGAAAAAGCAGAUAUAUUAGAGGAGGAACUUGGACUAGCAGAUGAAGGUGCCAAAGUAGACACAUUACAAGAAGAGAAAGAUGAGAGGGUGAAAGAAGAAGAAUUGGUGGUCGAACAAGGGGAGGAAAAGGUAGAAGAGGAAAAAAUGGAGAUAGAGCAUGCAGAAGAAAAGUUAGAAGUAGAACAAGCUGAAGAAAAGAUUGAAGUGGAAGAAGAAGAAAAGGUGGAAGAGGAGCAUGCUGAAGAAAGGGUAGAAAUAGACCAUGCAGCAGAAUCAGCUAUAGUGGAGGAAAUUAAAGUGAAAAGAGCUUUAAAGGCAGAGGUGGAAGCAGAAGAAAUGGAAGAAGUUUAUGCUGAAGAGAAGGUAGAAGUAGAUACAGAAGAAAAGAUGGAAGUAGAGCAUGCCGAGGAAAUGGUAGAAAUAGAGCAUGCAGAAGAGCUAGCAAAAAUAGAAGAGGUAGAAAUAAAACGAGCUUUAAAGGCAGAAGUAGAAGCAGAGGAAAUGGAGGAAGAAAAUGCUGAAGAAGAGGUAGCAGAGGAGGCAGAAGAAAAAGUGGAGGAAGAACAUGCUGAAGAAAAAGUGGAGGCAGAGCAUGCAGAAGAAGUGGCGAAGGUGGAAGAAAUUGAGGUAAAACGAGCUCUUAAAGCAGAAGUAAAAGCCGACGAAGUCGAAGAAGAACAAGCUGAAGAAAAGGUAGAAGAAGAGACCGAGGAAAAGGUUGAAUUAGAACAUGCGGAGGAAAAGAUAGAAGAAAAGCAUGCUGAAGAAUCGGCAAUAGUGGAGGACGUUGAAGUAAAGCGAGCAUUGAAGGCAGAAGUUAAAGCUGAAGAAAUAGAGGAAGAACAUGCUGAGGAAAAGGUAGAAGUGGAGCCUGAGGAAAAGGUAGAAGAAGAACAUGCUGAAGAACAGGUGGAAGCAAAACAUGCUGAAGAAAUAGCAAAGGUGGAGGAGGUGGAGGUAAAGCAAGCGAAAGCAAAGGAGGAAGUUCCUGAUGUCGAUAAAAGUGCAGAAAAGCCGACGGUAAAGAGUCGCUUUAGAAGAAGAGACUUCGGAGAAACAGGAACUGUUCGUGAUUUCUGGGAAAAACGGAAGCCUCUUGGAGAAGCAGCUGCUGUUGAGGUUUCAAGAGGAAGAUUUAAGACAAAGAAAGAAAAGGAGGAAAUGAGAAAACUAGAAGAAGUUGUACCAGUAGAUGACUUCUGGGGUGUUGAAGAAUCGGAGAAAGACACAAGCAAGAAAACCACACAGGAGCCCCUGGCAAAGGGAAUCGCAUCUGAAGCCGCGCCGCCAGGGCUUUGGGAAGAUGAUACAGACUUGAAGAUUGGAGACAGAAGUCAGCGGACUUCUGCAUUAUUGGAAACGAAUUUAGAUGCUCUUACACAGGGCGUCACUCCUGAUGAAGAUAUGAGGGAGGUAGCUGAGGACAAGGAUUUAUCAGUAGGUAGUGAAAGUCCUAUUCUUCCCGCUGCAGAAGAGGCUGAGGAUUAUCUUGCCGAGAUUGAGGACCUGCUUGUAAAACCAAAGCAGAAAUUACCAGGCAAGUCACUGCAUGAAGAGGAUGAAAUGCAAGAGAAAGCCACUACAGACCCUCUUCUGGCAAAGUAUAUGUCAAUGCCUGCAAGUCUCACGAAAGAUGAAGAGGACGAACUUCGUAAAUAUUUGUCAGAGCAUGAGGAGACUGAAGAGCUUGACUUAGAAAAAUUCAUGACUAUGCCACACACAUUAACCGAUCAGGAACAAAAGGAGCUAGACGAGGCAGUGAAAGAGCACCACAGUGUGCGGGAGAUGGAGCGGCAGGGCCUGGAACGCUUUUUGCAGAUGCCGGUGGGUCUGACUGAGCAAGAAUUACGGGAGCUGCAAGAACUGGAGCAAGAAGAAGACGACGAUCAGGUCUUCGAGGACACAGAAGGAGACAAGUUUGAUGACUAUCUGUCAAUGCCAGUGGGUCUGACAGAGGACGAGGAACGGUUGUUGCGUGAAGGUGGCGAGGAUAAUGAGUUUGAGAACGAAGAAGAAUACCGACAACACAUCAAGAGCAAGUUCUUGCAGGAAUUGGAAGAGGAUGCUUAUCGUAUGGCUAUGGAAGAUGAUGAAUAUGGGUAUGAGGAUGAGGAUGAGUAUGACGAUGAAUAUGAGUAUGAUGACGAAUAUGACGACGAAAUGGAUAUGGAAGGAGAAUAUGUUAUGGUAGAAGAUGAAGGCCAGGAAGGUGCUGUAGCAGUUGCACCUGGCACAGGCGCUCAAUCCAGCGGCGCUCCCGCAGCAGCACCUAUGGUGGACGAAGCAGUGAGCACAAUGGACGAGGAUGAGCAGAAGAAGACAAAGAAGAAGCUCUUCUCAUUCUCGAAAAAAGAGACUUCCCCAGAGGAGACGCCUGGGACGCAGACCAAGAAGUUUUUUCAUUUCGGCGGCCUUGGAGCCAAAAAGAAAAAGGAGGAUCCUGAGCCACCACACAGGAGGUUUGGAGGAGGAGGCGGCGGUGGAGACUCCUUCACGGCUGCGCUUUGCACUAUUACUAGCAAGGUCAAGGGGCAAAUUGCAGAACUGCAUUUACCUUCCAAAACUACAUUAAGAGAUAGAGUCCUUAUGAGUAAAAAGCCGUUUCAGUUUGUUAAAGAAAAUAUUUCAAGUCAGAAGAAAGGCCAUAAUGAACUGACAGAACCUGGGGCUGAGAAAACACUUGUAGACAUAUCAGUGGUUACUCGUCUAUUAGAUGAGAAAAUGGGUUUUGCAGCAGCAGGUUCUGAAAGUAUAGAAGGCGCUGAAAAGCUAGAAAGUAAAGAUUUGCUAGAAAGUAAGGAAAGUGCUGCUGAAACAAUAGAGAAGACAGAAAUAAUUAAAGAACCCAUGACUGCAGAGUCAUUGAGCAGCAGUUUACCACCCUCCAUUCCAGAGAUCAUUGUAGGCAAUGGUGAUGAGGAAAUAGAUGAAGAAGUAGCUAGUGUAUUUAUGCAGGAUUUGGUGUCUGAGACAGAACAACAGCAGGUCGUUCUGCCUGAGGGUGUUGAGCCUCUAAAAGGUGGCGGAAGUCCCUUUGGUCAUGAAGAAGAAUUCUGGCGGCAGUGGAAAGAUGAUGAACAAGCAUGUGUGGCCCAAGAGAGAGAUUCUGCUUCUCCAUGGGAAAUACACCAUCAGGCUGACCAUCAAGGUGUAAAUUCAUCUGAACAGGAAACCAAGCCAGGGGACCAGCAAAUUAAUGCUUCAGAUAAAAUGCACGAAUCUGUAGAAGAUUUUAUUCAUGAGGAUGUAAGAGACUCUGUCUCAGAAGAAUUACAGAAAACCUCUUCAGAGGAGUUGCAAGAAUCUUCCCCUGAGGAUUUGCUAUACAGUACAUCUGAGGAAUUGCAAGAUACGAUUCCAGAGAAAGUACAGGACAUUUCUGUGCAGGAGGAUUCUCUGUCUGAGAAGUCAGAAACUUCCCCUGAUAUGUCUCAUGGCUCCUUAUCUGAGAGAGUAGAAGACAGUAUUCCACUGGAUUCCAUGCCUGAGGAAAAGGUAAAAUCUUUUGACAUUAUGCUUGAGGAUAUGGAAGAUGUUCAAGGCGUCACUCGAGAUGAGCCAAAAUGCGAAGAGAAGCCUGAACACUUUAGCCAAAAUGAUGACUCCACCAGUAAAGAUAUUCAAGAUUCUUCUGGUAAGCUGCAAGAAAAUACUAAUGAGGAACUUCAGGACUCUCCUUCAGAAGAUCAAAUCUCUACUCCAGAAAGUUAUGAGGACAGUCUUUCUGGAAAGUUUCAUGAUACCACCCCUGAUGAAUCACAGAGUGCUAUUGAUGUGAAAAGUCAGGAGUCCAGCCAAGGGGAUCUUCAUGAAUCAAGCUCUGAAAAGCUACAAGAGAUCUCGACCUCAGAUGAUUCCACACCUGAAAAAUAUCAAGAUGCUCUGUCAGAUGAGGCACUGAAAUCUCUGUCUGAUGAAGCACAAAGUGCAGUACAUACAGAUGUAAUUGAUACUGCACAAGCUAAAACACGAGAUACUCCUUCUGAUAGUAGUCCAGAGAUUUACAGUUCACUCUCUGAGGGACUGCAUGACACUACCCCAGAAGAGGCACUCAGCUCUUUCUCAGAAAAAUUGACAGAUCUCUCUCUAGAAGAGGCACUCGGUUCCAUCUCUGAUAAACUGAGAGAUACUACUCCUGAAAAGACUUACAGCUCCACUUCUGAGGGUGGCCUUACCCCAGAGGAAAUACAGAGCUCUACCUCUGAAGAACUGUAUAGCAUUACCCCAGAACAAACAAAGACUCCUGCAGAGCACAGCUCUAUCUCCGAAGAACUGUGUGAAGAGUCACGUAGUUCCACCUCUGAUGGACUGCAUGAUAUUACCCCAGAGGAGGCACAUACCUCUGUUUCAGAUGAACUAAAAAGCAGUUCCACUUCAAAUGAGCUCCAUGAUGCCACCCCUGAAGAGAUGCAGACCUCAACUUCAGAAGAACAGGUUUCAUCACCUGAAAAAUUCCAAGAUGCCCUCACAGAGGACCUGCAGGAUUCCACCAUGGAAGAAGUAAAGAACUUGUCUCUUGAAGAAGGAGGUGACAUGUAUAAAAGAGCAACAUCUGUGCAUGACUCUAGCCAUGAGGAUCUACAGGAUUCUAUUUCUGAACAUUUAUUAAGCUCAACAUCUGAGGAUUCGAAGAAGGAUAUGAAGGAGGAUUCCAUUGAAGAGCACCAGAGCUCUACUCCAAGUGAGUUAAUCUCAAGCCAUGAAGCACUGGAUUCUUCUGCCUCCGAAAAGCUACGGGAAUCGGCAUCAGAUGAACAAAUCUCUAUACCCGAAAAGGUACAAGAUGUCAAAAAGAUACACGAUUCUACUUCAGAAGAACAGAUAUCUGAGUCUGUUUCAGAGGAACAAGCUUCCACACCUGAAAAGUUUCAGGAUGCUCUCUCAGACGAAAUACAGGAUGUGAUUCCCAAAGAACUACAAGACAGUGAACAAAAGUCUAGCCUAGGAGAUGGCAUAAAUCAACAAGAACUUCAGGAUUCUACUACCGAGGAACUACAAGAAAGACUGCAGGAUUCAAAAUCAGGUGCCACCAUGUCAGAUGUGGAGGAAACAGCAGAGUCCCCAAUGGAGCAGAAGAAGCUGUACACCUUUAGGGAGUCAGAGGAGGAGGAGUUAGAUGAGGAGGAAGAGAGGAACUUCUGGAAGAAAGUGGCUGAGGAGGAGGAGGAGGAGGAGGACCUCGACGUCAAGGACUUGGAUCAGGAGAUUGACUACACAGCCUUGAUCGAGAAGGAGGAGACCGUCGAAGACGGAGACGAAGCCCCUAUGGAGACCACAGAGGCGCCCGCGGAGAACGGCGUAGAACCCACAGAUACGACAGAGAAGAAGAAAAAGAAGAAGAAAUCGGAAGAUGGCGAGAAGAAGUCCAAGAAGAAGAAGAAGAAGAAGAAGGGUGAAUCCGAGAAGGAGAACAGAAAGGAGGCAGCUAGCAGCACAUCACCCAGUGAGACAGGCAGUGAGGAAGAGGAAGACCUCUGCCCAACACCCCCAUUAUUUAAUGGUCAUGCCAUUACCAAUGGUGUGGAUAGCAGUGCCACAGACGUUCCCAUUGAAGAGGAGAUAGCCAGUACUGAAGACUCCCACAGUGAUCAUGACAUACAUGGAAGAGAAGGCUUCCGUAGCUUAUUAGAGGUUUACAAACGUGAAGGCACACCCAAGAAGGAGUUCCGUGCUCAGACUCCACUCAGUGAUGAGGAGGACCUAGCUGGUGUGAAUGUCAGAAAGCUGAGGGUCUCCUACUUGAAUGCAGCACAGGAGAAACACGCCCUAGAGGAGAACCAGAAGAGCAACCUCAGUACAGGUGUCAAUAUCACAAACUUGGUUGGAGCCUAUUCGUCCCCAGUGCCCCGCGCAGCAACGCCUUCCAGUCGGCCGGAUGACCUCACGCCCGUCUCGCUAAGAUCACUGAAGUCAGCGUAUGAGGCAACGGCGACAGGAACCAGUAGUGCGGGCAGCAGGCACGGCAGCAGUAGCUGCAGUAGUCCAGUUGGUGGCAGCCCUGCACCCAAGGAGGAACUAAAUAUCUCCCUACAACAGCUGCGUGAGGAGUACUGUCGCUCUGUACUGGAAGGCGACAGUCGCUCCAACACCCCAACCAAGGCACCCCCAGAAACUGGAGUUUCAAUCAGACAACUUACUCGGAGCAUGACUGACUUGACGACUGUAGGCCAAGAUACGCACACGUCCAUUAAAGAUGAUGACCGAUCAGUUUUGGCCACAGUCAACGUAAAAGCGUUGACAAGAAGCUUCACAGACCUGACACGUCUCAGUGAGCCAGUCAUGCCCCCCAAUCGCAUGACACGCCCACGUUAUGACACUGCACCAGCUUCUGUGUCAAUCAAGCCAUUGCCCCGCACGGAGGCGAGCGAGCGAGGGCGCUGCCAGGAGAGCGGCGCGCGGGAAAGGCGGGGGGCGGCCGGCACCAUGGUGGACCUCGGGGGACGCCGCUCCAAGCCCUCCCACCUCAACAACAACAACAACAACAACCACCAUAACAACAACCACAACAACAACAACAACAACAACGGCGGCAACGUGGUGACGCCGAGAGCCAACGUGUACACCGGCGUCUCCGUGAAGCACCUGCGGCGGAGUUAUUGUGACAAGGCCCGGCUGAGCGAAUCUGGUAACGGAGGUGAUGGCGGACGGGCGCCGUACAUCACCAAGGCUAAGGUCGCGCGCCUGUGCUCGACCUUCGUGGGUCCUUCGCCCCCGAUGCCCACGCCGGCGGUGCGACGCAGCAUCUCCACCGGGUUGUCUCUGAACCAGAGGAAGGCGGUAUAUCUAAACCGCGACGACAUCUUGGAGAAGCACGUAGGGCCUCGGGUCCGCUCCUUCGACGCCUCAAAAAUGAAGAACAAGUUUGAAAAGCCAAAGCAAGUGUCCCAGAUGCCGACCGAGUGCAAGCAAUGCGGGAAGCAGGUGUUCCAGAUGGAGCGGAUCGUGGCCGAGAGAGCAGCGUGGCACAAGAACUGCUUCCGCUGCACCGAGUGUAACACCAUCCUCACGUUGGAGACGUACCAGAGCCACGAGGGCGUCCUCUACUGCAAGCCGCACUUCCGAGACCUCUUCCGCCCCAAAGCCGUCAUCGAAGACCCCAUGGAGGCGCGCAAGGACCGGAUGAUGCGACGGCCCAAAAUGAUUAUUCUGGAGAGCCAGCCGGAGGAACUGCCCGAGAACGUAGUCAGAUCCACCGACAGGCCCGACUAUGGCCUCGAAGAGUUGUCCACAGCGAACGUCCGGCAGAAGUUCGCCAUGUUCGAGCAGGCGGCGCAGGAGGACGAGCUGCAGGCCGACCCCGCACAGAUCAGGAGGUCCAACUCCCUGCUCAACAGGGCAGCCAGAUUUAUGUAUGGCGAGGACGACGACUACGGCAUCGAGAACUCGGAGCUCGGCGACUACGAGGAGGACGAAGAGGACGAGGACGAGGAGGAGGAGGCGGGAGAGGGAGAGGAAGGAGAGGAGGGAGACCCAGACGCCGUCAAGACCAAGAAGAAGAAGAAGAUCACUCGCCCGGUGAGCUUUGCCGGGAUGGAAGAUCUUAAGAGACAGAGAAACCGUCGAGACGAGAUGAGGAAGAGGCGCAAUCAGGAAUUGUCGCAGUUCCGUCAGAUGCUGUGUGCUGGUAAAAAUAUUUCCACAAGGGAAAUGUUUGAGUCUGGAAACCUGGACGGCCAGAAUGACAAAAACAAGCGACCGGAGCAGAUCAACAUUGAGGGUCGUCCGGCCACAAAGAACCUGAGGGAAAGAUUUGAGAAGGGAGAGCUUGGUGGUAGCCUGGACGAUCAGAAAGAAGUUGAUGAAGUGUUCCGGAACAGUGAGACAGCCAGCAAGGCUCGUAACCUGUUCAAGCAGAUGGAAUCAGGAGAAGGCCAGGAGAACGACGAGCAAGCUACCGCAAAGCCUCGUGAAAACAGGUUAUCAAAAGAGGGCAGGCGCAUUCGAAAUCUCACUUCGCAGGUCGGAGAUGGAGCGAAUGGCGAUGAAGAUGAAGAGGGAAUUGAAAGUUCAAAUAUUUUGGACCGCUUUAAAUUCUUUGCAACCUAUGAGGAACGUGCCAAAGAGCAAGAGAGGAAGAAGAAAAAAGUAUUCCGCAUCACCCCACCUCGUGAAGGAGCCCAGGUUGAUGAAGAGCUCUUAAAGGCCCAUAUGCCUAAACGUUGCAUGGCAAUUAAUUGUCCGGUGUGCAGGCUUCGGGGCUGUGAUGACGAGGAAGUGCCCGACUUCUAUGGACGGGAUCCUAACCUUGUCAAGUACACUGACAACCUAGAAGAGCCAUUAGAUUGUCGCAAAACCAAAAGUGUGCUUGCCAUGUUCAGGAAAAUGGAAAUGCAAGAGGAUGAAGAUGACAGAGGCCCUCGACCACUGAAGCGCUUCACGCCACCACCAGAGGGUGAAGAUGAUGAAUCAGAUGACGAAGAGUAUUCUGAUGAAGAGUACUCUGAUGAAGAGGAUGAAGAAGAUGACGAUGAAGAAGAGGAGGAAGAUUCUGAUGACGAUGAGAGACCCAGGAAACCAAAGUACAAGGAUGAAAUCUUAGAGAUGGCUAAAUCCUCACAGAGUGCCAGAAAAGCAGCUUCGCUGCGAGCCAAAUUUGAGCGGUGGGAGUCGGAGGUUGAACACAACAACGAGUACAACCGUAAUGAAAGGAACGAAGAUGACGAAGAGUGUAUGCCGUCCAUUGACACCGCCCGCAACCUCCGUGCCAUGUUUGAGAACAAGGCCCAGGAGGCAAGCCGGCCGGUCGUAAGCAGUCAACCCAAGUUGAAGGUCAACAGAUUUGUGGGUGGUGGGGGAGACAAGUGUCUGUCAUGUGACCGCACUGUAUACGCAAUGGAGAGACUGGAAGUUGCUGGUCGUGUACUACACAAGAACUGCUUCAAAUGCUGCAAAUGUAGUACAAAACUUAGCAUGAAUUCAUUCUCCAUAGGCGGUGAGGACAUAUACUGCAUGACACACUACAAACAGGCUUUCACAGAAAAAGGAACAUACGAUGUAUUUACACCUAACAAAGGGAAGUGGACAAGAAAAAUUGAAGCAACAAGUUCAGAAUUGGCAAAGAGUCAAGAAUAGAAAAAACAGUUUUUAGACUAUUGUAGAUACAAUAUUCUGUAAAAAUCAAUAAAUGGCAAAGUGCCAUAUGACUUCAUACCUUAUCAGUGAAAAGAUGGCAGACUUAAGAUCAUUAAUAACUUGAGUUCUUAUCAUUGGUGGAUAAUGACAAAGUUCCUAAAUGAUUGACAUGUUAUUAACCUGACCUGAACUGUAAAAUUUCUGUUUGGUUUUGUUUAAGAAAUAUAUAUAUUGUUCUUCAUAACCACAUCUCAGAUCCAGUUUUUGUCAUCCAUUCACUGAUUGAGAGGAUUCAAACAAAUAUAUUUUGGUACAGCUAACAGCAUGCCAUCAACAAAUCUCAUACCACAAGUCCCAAGGUACUCUGCGAAGUACAUUCUCCCCUAUUGUGCCACCAGUAGAUCUGGCGAUGACCAUUGUGGGGGUCAGGGCUGAGUUGAAGUUGUGUCUCGGCACUUGUUCAGCAAGUUUUCCGGAGAAAGCCUUCACUCAGCAACAAGGAAGCCUGACCAAUAUUUUCUGUAAAAAUAUUGAUUAUUCAGCACUUUGUGUGUAGCCAUAUCAUAUCCGAUAAAGUAUUAUAUUCAUUAUGGUCACUUCAUGGUACGAUGCCACAUAAGAAUUAGACUAGUCAUAGCACUUUAUCACAGUAAAAUAUAGGUUAUAGUGUAAAUUCAACAAAACACUUUAUGAGAGUUCUAAGACCCAAAGAAUUGUGUCUCAACUGGCUCUUGGGAGUUUUACUUCUUUUUUUAUAGCCUUCAAAUUUUUGGGACUCCCUGGUUUAGCACAGUGAAUGUUGUAAGCUUGUCUGCCACCUGAGACCUACCAAUUUUAGUUUCAGUGGCACUUGGUUCCUCUCAGAUGGCACAAAUUAUUCUUAUUUCUGUGAUUUUAUGAAAGCUUGAUUUGUCAAUGAUAUUUUCAUUACUGCAGAUUUUAUUUGAUUUUAUUUUUUAUUUUGUUACUAUUUUUUGUGAUUCAAAUAUUAAGGACCAUUGAAUUUGGUUUAGUGUUUUUGCUUUAAUGAGGGAUUUUUGACUAUCCUCUUGUUCAAACCAAAAACCAAAUUGAAGGUAUUUAUUUGUAUUGCAAGUGGGCUCUGUGACCUCAUCAAUUCUGUUUUUAGUAAAGAAAUCAAACUUCAUUGUAUUUUUUUGUUUUGUAAAGCCCCCUCCUAUGUUUAUGAUUUUAAAUAUACAAACAUUUUUCAAUUGAAUUACAGGCAUUAUACUUGAACAUGCCCAUAGGAAAUGAACUAGAAUAGGUUCAUGUAUUCAUUUGUUUUUGCCAGUGUAUUACUAACCCCUUUUUUGGUAAAAGUUAGUAAUGUGUCUCCUUUUAAAGGACUUGGUUUAGGCAACUAGACAUAAUAGAUAACCCUUCAUACCUUAGACCAUGGGCAGGACCCUCUUGGUCCCCAGCAGUGAAGACUACCACUGCACCAUGGUGGCCCCCAAAAUAGGUUUCUUAUUUAUAUUAAUAGAUUGAGGUUUUCAAGUUAUAAGAGAAUGUUCUUCAUAGUUGGGGUUUGCACAAGUCUCAUUUCAUUUGUAUCAUAUAUUGAAGUUGCCCAUUUAUUAUUGUAAAAGCCAUGCAACUUUUGGCUUUUGUGUUACCAUUUUUUGUCUCUUUUCAUGCAGUGGACUAAUUAUUUUAUUGACAGUUAUUUGAGGUCGCAGAAACCAUAUCUGUUUUAGUUAUAGAAGUUCAAUAAUUGAAUUUAACUAUAAGAAAGCAUUUACAUGUUACUGUUUAACAUUUCUCUAUAGACAAAUGAUUGUUUGAAAAUAAUUAUUCAUAAUUUAUAUCAAAUUUAGUGUAGAUUGUAGAUAUGUAGAUAUGAGUAAAAAUCAUAGGCUUAGUGCAUAUAGCUGCACCAUUUCUCAUGUGAUGUAGUUCUAAUUCUAGUGAAAGGGAGAAACUUCAAAAGGAUAAGGAGAGAUAACCAUGACUCCUCUUCACUUCAUGAUACAGUUCGAGCCAGUGCAGUUUUUUUCUCUCUCUUUUUUCUCUUUUUUUUAAUUAGCAUUUAGAAUAUGUUAAAAUAAAAUGCUAUUCAGUCCAAAACUGUGAGGAUACUUUUUGUUCUUUGUUUCUGAUUACCACUUACAGCUUUUGUUUUGGUAAGUCUGACAAAUGAAAUUUCUUAGUUGAAUGACAAUAGAAAUUACAGUAAAUUUCUUUACAUGCAGAGAAGCAAGCAGCAAUGGAGUGAAAGACUGAUAUACCAAAAACACAAAUAACAGAAGCGUAAUAUAACCUGUUACUGUAUAUUAGUGGCAAAAGGAAGUGCCAGAUUGAUGGUAUAUAUCUUUAUCAAUAUAUUUUCAUUUCAAGAGGUAGAAACUUCAUUCCAUGUAUUCAUUUGCCACUUCCAUGGAAUGAAAGCCAGAAAUAUUUUGCAGUAAUCAAAAUGGACUUUGUUAAUGUUUCCUAUGAAAUACUUUUUGUAUUACUAACCCUUUAGUGAAAUACAUAUUGUACUUCUUCAGAACUCUAGCAGUAUAUUUUUAUGUGCCAUAGGAAAAGGUAUUAAGUGGUUUGAAAGUAACAGAGAUUUGACAACUUUAAUUUCAUAGAACUGCGUACAUCUUUUGAAUUUUGAUAUUACUAUUGGCUGGACAUUUGCUCUUCAGCCUUGAUUAUAGCAUAGUCCUAAGCAAUGAAAGACUGAUAAAGUGCCAGCUUCAGCAUUUGAAUGACACCGCUUAGUUGGAUUUUUUCAUAAUUGGAUUGGGAAAGAUAUUUUAAUGAAAACAUUCAGAGGAAAAUAAGAUGUUUUAGGCAACCAAUUCAUUUUACCUGCUUUACAUGCUCCACAGUGCACUGGUGGUCACUAUGAAGAUGCACAUAGGUACUAAAAGAGGAAGCCAGCCAGUACUGUAACACCCAUUGGUUUAGAGUGUGCAUCGAGUUCAUGCAAUUAACAAAAAUGUAGCAGUCAUGUUUUAUCUGAAUUAAGACAUAAAUGAAGUUUAGGAACUUACCCCGUGUGGAAGAACUAAGAGUAAGAAAAAGAAAAUUGAGUUUGAUGUCAGUUUACUAAAACUAUGAAUCCUGCCAGCCUUACUUGUGUAUCAGUGUUGUGUAAAAUGCUAGUUUAUACAUAUUUCAUUUAUAGUAUUUAAAAUAUUAAGCACACAAGCAUACACUAUUAUUAUCAUUAUUAUUAUUUUAUUAUUAUUAUUAUUAUAUUAUACAUAAUAAGUAUGAAAUAAUAAAAUCAUAAUAAUAAUAAUAAUAAUAAUAAUAAUAAUAGCUAGUAUACACAUGGCUGUGAUAAAGAAAAAAUGAAGCCCUUCCUCAAAAAUGAUGUUUAAAAAGUAUAAAUAAAAAAUUAUGUACCUGUUACACUUGCCUUAUUCUGAAAUUAAAUUUGGAUAGUAUUCAUUCCUGUUUUCCAGGUUCCUUUGGGGAAGCUGCCAUAUCUCUGAUUACAUGCAUAUGAUGCCAUAGGUGACUGUGCUGACACACAUAGGUAUAAUGUAUCAUGUUAUAUAUGUAUUUUUAAUAUCCACCACAUAUCUUCACUGCAUUUUUCUCUCUUUAAUCCAUGAAGUGGAGUGUUUAAGGACUAGUAAACUAAGAACCAUCGCAUAGCUGUAACAGAAGUCAGUAAAUGAUUAAAUAUGGAUUUUUCUCCCCACAACCCCAGUUACAAUUCAAUAUUUGACAUAUGCAAAGGCUCACAAGGUAUUUAGGCUAAACUGUAUACCAGUAAGUAGUUUGUUAUGGAAGGUACUGGUACUCUUACUUUCUUGUUCUUUACUGUUCUGUAUAUUAAACAGUCAAUAUUUGAUCACAGCCAGAAUACCAUUUUAAUGCACAAGACAUGUAACUGGGGAACUAGUAACUGUAGUGCUUUGCAGCUUGUUCACUGCUGAGUGGUUGAAAUAGAGGAGUGUGAGCCUUGUAUUAAAUGCACUUAAGUAUUUUUUGACUUCAGUAGCUCCUGGUAAAGUUAGACCUGAGCCAUAUAUCCCUUAUCAGGAAAGCUGACAUUCUCAUUUUCAUGUACUUAUACUACCAUCAGGGCAAAAAAGAAGGUGCAAAGUAUUGCCUUGUGGUACACCGUCUGAUUUUGCUGUAGUGAUGAUUCCGAAUCUGUUUCCAUUCACUUGUAUCCUCUCGUUGCAGAUUAUCUGCCUCAUUAUUUUUUUCAACUGUAGCUACACAUGAACAUCUCAAAAACCAGAAAUCAUACAUAAUAAAGAUAAUGCAAUAAUUUUUUGUAUUUAUUUUAUAGCUUUCAUACAUAUAAUCAUAAAUAAUUGUGGCUAAAUGUAGUUGUGGCUCACCUUUAUCUACAAGUAAAAAGAUCUACAGUAAUA